AUGAGUCAGAACGACACUCGCGUUCAGCGUCAGCGUGAGCAAGACGAACGUCGGUUCUCAAUUCAACGCAACAACGCGUACUUUUCCUACGUCUCAGCGACGAUCCUCAACGCAGACAUCAAGCGGUCAAUACCCCAUAGCCCAAGAAACCUUCUUCUACCAACAAAUCAAGAUAGAGCGCGCUCUUGCCCUCCCGCUCUUUUAGCUCCGACACAAGCCCCGCCACCUCCAACAACAACAGCUGGAGCUAGACCGACCGCCCGCUCUAUUUCGUCGUCCGCUGCACCCGCUCCCGCUCUGACUGAGUCAGCGAAAGUAAAACCGCAAGCAACAAACGGUACUGCUGCACUACCAGCAAAUCUAAACGAAGACGUAAACAAAAAAGCUGGGUCGACCUGGCGGGCUAUAAUGGACCGCUACAUUACAAUAAAGCGAAAGCUCAGCCCGGAAAAUUCAGAUUUGGAAAACAAGCCGAAAAAUAUGCGCGACAACUCUACCCUGAUCAACAAUGUAGCCCCCGCAAAUAGCAACAGAUUUGCCUUGCUGGCAGAUACCGCUGAGGACGUGCCGCUGAGAUCCGUUGAUAUCGAACCGAAGAAAACAAAGCCUCCGCCAAUAUAUAUCCGCGAAAAGAGCACAAGCGGCUUGGUAAAUACUUUGAUUGGCCUAGUUGGGAAAGAUUGCUUUUAUAUAAUUCCCCUCGUAAGAGGUACUAUCAAUGAAAUCAAAAUUCAAACGAAAACGGAGGACAACUACAGAAAUGUCACAAACUACUUACCGCAAAAAAAUAUAGGCUUCUACCCCUACCAGCUUAAAAACAGCAAGGGCCUGCAACUACCACUGAAGGGCAUUGAGUCUGAUGAGAUAGUGAGUCCGAAGAGAUAA